AUUGUUUCAUAUGAAAGACAUCUUCUUUUUCCCCUAAAACCACGUUCCUCAAUUUUCCCUAAAACCCUCUAGCAGAACCCACUUCCCUCCAGAGAAUCAAGUUUUUUCCUGCGAUUUCGGGCAAGAAACCACCGCCGUCACCGGCUGCUGGUAAGUUCCAUCCUCUUUAUCUUCUUUUUUGUUCAUUUAGGGUUUAAUUUUAUCUUUAUUUACAUGUUUCCGGCGAUUACCGGUGGUUUUCGGUCGUCUGGAGUGUUCGAAGGUUCAUUGUUUCACUUCUUCAAGCUGAGUUCAGCAAGUUACCCUGUUGCCUUGGCAAGAUUUGAUCAACAUUCUUCAAAAUCAUAGCUUGAGACAUAUGAACAUUAUUCUGGGCAACUUGCUGUAGUAAGGGAUCUUCUUGGGGUCUGGUAAAGGACGAUUUACAAAAGACAAUAUUGUAUUCAUCGACAUCAGUCGUGAGAUGUAUCCUGGAAUCGAGUGGUAUGAUCAUCAGCAAUACAUUUUAGCUACACAAGCUAAACAAGUGUUCUAUCUCCAAGAUCCUUCUCAAAGAACCGGAAAUUGGAGGGUUGUGGAAGACGUUCACCAUCGAAAACUUUGGGAUCAUCCAAGUAUGAGUGUUGCUAAUGAGGCUGAUGUAUUGCACGCCACUCAAUCUUCGAAUUAUAACUUGGUUGUCGAUUCAGGCUAUGAAGUUGGUGAAUCAAGUACACGAGACACUCAAUCAUUUGAUUGUAACUUGGUUGUUGACUUAGGCUACUUGCCCAUGAGGACGACCUUAAGUGAAGGUGGUGAAGACGAAGACGAAGACGAAGAAGAAGAAGAAGAAGAAGAAGAAGAAGAAGAAGAAGAAGAUGAUGAAGAUGAAUACACUUCAAGUGAGGAAGACGAAAUAAAUGAUGAUAUGGACGUUGACGGUGAUGACAAUGAUCUUGUAGACACACAUUAUUGUAGUGAUGAUUCCGAUUAAAUACAUGGUAAAUGUUGCUAGCUUACAUGGUGGGGAUGGGGGGAAUGAUCCUCCCCAUGGUCAUAAUCAUAGGAUACCUACGAGUUGUCAGUCAUCUAAAUGCAAGAAAACCCGUUCGGUUGGAAGAAGCCUCAAUCUAUAUGAAGCAUUUAAAAAAAAUGGUAAUAAGCCACUCCCCCUUGAAUAUAGUACAACAGAACGCCAAUUUAGGGCCGUGGGAGACAAUUAUCAGAUGUAUGUGAGGAAGAUAUCCCAAGAGGUCGAUUCAGAGGUUCCUUACCAUUAUUCUAGUUGGAAGAAUGUUGAUGCUAAGUAUAAAAAGGCCAUACUUGCCACAAUUGCUCACUAUUUUGAUAUGAAAAGUUUCCAAAAUACGGAGCAUUGGGAUGCAAUCAAGGAAGGGAUACAAGUAGAAUGUGCAAGCCGUUUCAAGGACAGAAAGGCAGGAAUGAAAAAACAUUUUGAUAAGCAUGGAGGUUAUAAAGAUGUUGAAGAGGCAAAGAAACACCCCCCUGAGUCAAUGAAUCCAGAAGCGUGGUGUAAGCUCAUUGAUGGCUUGUUCACAACUCCCGCGUAUAUGAAUCGUUCUGAAAAAAAUAAGGCAAACAGAUCAAAACAACUUUAUGGAAGUUAUCACGGGAGUCAAUCUCUUGCCGAUAGGCGACACAAAGAGGUUAAAGAAACCGGGCUAGCCCGCUAUGUUAAAGGUUGGAAAGAAAUGCAUUAUAAGAAAGGCAAAUGGAUUAACGAAAAUGCAAAACACGCUUUGGAAAACAUUGAAGAAGAGUAUAAUAGAUCAUUGUCGUGCUCGGGUGGGGAUGAAAUGGAGGUUGAUCAAGUUGGGUGUCUUAAAAAAGCUUUAGGGACUCGCCAUUCUCACUUACGGGGCGUUGGACGAGUUUUGAAAAGUGUAACACCCGAACUAUUCCCUAAUGUAAAUAGGGAUGUAGAGGAUGAGCGUUGGCGAAAACAAGAAGAAGCUAAUGAGAAGUUGCAAAAAGAUAAUGCGGCUUUGAAAGCACAAAUGAAACAUAUAUUGAAGUUGGUACUUCCUGGCUCGUCAUUUCCACUUGAAGAAGAAGAUGAUCAAGAAGAGGAACAAGAGGAGGAACAAGAAGAUCAACAAGAUGAUGAAUUUGUUUAACUUAGUUUCGUUUAGUUUAGCUUGGAAGAAUGUAUUUGAAUGAUAUAUUGCAACUUUUAAGUAUUUAGAUGUUAUGGCUAUUAUAUUAGAAUUGACCUUAGUUUGAUUUUAAAAUUUGUCGUUUGAACGCA